AUGAGGCAAUCCAAGAUCUUAGUCGCUCUGCUCGCGCUCUCCCUGCUCGUAUCCCUCGCGCUGGCGCCGUGCCGCGCGGAUGAGAUGGUCGCUGAAGACGACGCCGACGCCAACGUGUCGGACGUCGCCGAUCUUGCAGACGCAUCGCCGUCGGGUGCGUUAACUCACUUCUUCCCUACAGAUGUGCUCUAUCUGAUGAGCAAGAUGUUCGGCGCAACCAGGCGGUUCCUCUGGUCGAGCGAGAUGCACCGCAUGCUGUCGUGCAAGUCGGACUGCGAGGAGAAGAACAAGGAGUGCAACACAGAUUACAGCGAGUGCAAGCGCGAGAACAAGGACGACGAGCACAAACACCACAAGUGCUCGCACACGUACAAGAAGUGCAAGAAAAAGGCCAAGAAGUGCCGCUCUAAGUGCGACUAG